GAGGGGAGGGGGGCCGCCCUGGGAGCCGGGCGGAGGGGCGGGGGGGAGAGGAGCGCAGAGUGAGAGGGAGCCGGCCGCUCCGGGAGCAGAGGGGGGCGGGGGGGGGGAACCUGCUCCGCGGCCUCCGCCGCCGCCUCCUCCGCCUCCGCCGCCGUCCGGGACGACGGGAUUAAGGGACGGACGAGCCCCGAUGCCGGGGGAGACGGAAGAACCGAGACCCCCGGAGCAGCAGGGCCAGGACGGGGGAGAGGCGGCGGCGGCCAGGGCGACCCCGGAGGAGCCUCCACACCAGCCCCCGGCGGCGGCGGCGGCGGCGGGACCCGCUAGCAGCCGCGUGCUGAGGGGAGGCCGGGAGCGGGGCCGGGCCGCCGCCGCCGCCGCCGCCGCCGCGUCCCGCCGGAGGAAGGCCGAGUACCCGCGCCGGCGGAGGAGCAGCCCCAGCGCCAGGCCUGCCGACGCCGCCAAGCCGCCGUCCCCGCCUCAGGGCAAGAGGAGUCCGCGACUCGUAUGCUUGGAAAAAGUAACAGCCGACAAAGAACCCAAGGAAGAAAAAGAAGAGUCUUCCCUCCCUCAGGAAGUUUCCAUUGCUGGAAGUAGGCCAAGCAGAGGCUGGCGCAGUAGUAGCAGGACGUCUGUCUCUCGGCAUCGUGACGUAGAGAACACUCGAAGCUCCAGGUCCAAGACUGGUUCCUUGCAGCUCAUCUGCAAGUCAGAACCGGAUACAGAUCAGCUUGAUUAUGAUGUCUCAGAAGAGCAUCAGUCUCCAGGUGGCAUUAGUAGUGAUGAGGAAGAGGAAGAAGAGAUGUUAAUUAGUGAAGAGGAAAUACCAUUCAAAGAUGACCCAAGAGAUGAGACCUACAAACCUCACUUAGAAAGGGAAACUCCAAAGCCACGGAGAAGACCAGGGAAAGUGAAAGAAGAGAAAGAGAAGAAAGAAAUUAAAGUAGAAGUAGAGGUAGAGGUGAAAGAAGAGGAGAAUGAAAUUAGGGAGGAUGAGGAACCUCCUAGAAAGAGAGGAAGAAGGAGAAAAGAUGAUAAAAGUCCACGCUUACCCAAAAGGAGGAAAAAACCUCCAAUCCAAUAUGUCCGUUGUGAGAUGGAAGGAUGUGGAACUGUUCUUGCUCAUCCUCGCUAUUUGCAGCACCACAUUAAAUAUCAGCAUUUGCUGAAGAAGAAAUAUGUAUGUCCUCAUCCUUCCUGUGGACGACUCUUCAGGCUCCAAAAACAACUUCUACGACAUGCCAAACAUCAUACAGAUCAAAGGGAUUAUAUCUGUGAAUACUGUGCUCGGGCUUUCAAGAGUUCCCAUAAUCUGGCAGUACACCGAAUGAUUCACACUGGCGAGAAACCAUUACAAUGCGAGAUCUGUGGAUUUACCUGUCGGCAAAAGGCAUCCCUUAAUUGGCACAUGAAGAAACAUGAUGCAGACUCCUUCUACCAGUUUUCUUGCAAUAUCUGUGGCAAAAAAUUUGAGAAGAAGGACAGUGUGGUGGCACAUAAAGCAAAAAGCCACCCUGAGGUGCUGCUGGCUGAAGCUCUGGCUGCCAAUGCAGGAGCCCUCAUCACCAGCACAGAUAUAUUGGGCACUAGCCCAGAGUCCCUGACUCAGCCUGCAGAUGGUCAGGGUCUCCCUCUUCUUCCUGAGCCCUUGGGAAAUUCCACCUCUGGAGAGUGCCUACUGCUAGAAGCUGAAGGAAUGUCAAAGUCAUACUGUAGUGGGACAGAACGCAUGAGCCUGAUGGCUGAUGGGAAGAUCUUUGUGGGAAGUGGCAGUAGUGGGGGCACUGAAGGGCUGGUUAUGAACUCAGAUAUACUCGGUGCUACCGCAGAGGUUCUGAUUGAAGAUACAGACUCUACUGGACCUUAGUGGAAAGGAAGACUCGGGCACUGGGACAGCUCAGACUUUGUAUUUAAAAGAUAAAAAGGACAAAAAAAAUAUAUAAAGCAUUUAAAAUCUAGUAAAAUAACUGAAGGGCCUGCUCUUCCCAUUGUGGAUCACAGUACACACAUCCACCUACCCCCUUCUCUCCCUCAUCUAUCCCCCCUAUAUGAUGUUGCCUUUGCCAGGAAGGUGGACAAAAAAAGCAGUAACAGCUCUCAGCUAGGGGUUAUCCUCCUAUUUCCGCCAGGCAAACUUCUGCUCAUCAGCAAGGCCCCCUUUUCCAACCUGUAAUUCAAAUGUGCUCUGGAUCAGCUUUUAACUCUUAGCAGUAUAUUAGUCCUGUCAAACCCUCUCUUUCCUGCAGCCCCAUGGUUCUGGCUUCUACCCACUGCAGUGCUCUCAAAAGUUUGAUACAGUUCUAAUCUCUGGAGGCCAGCAGCUUGACUUGGCACUUUAGGGCCCCUUAACAGGAUGAGCUGUUAAAACAGCACACACCUUCACCCCCUUUUCUUCUACCCAUCUCGGAUUUCGGAACAGAAGGAUAUGUGGGGACCCUCCCUACUCUUUGACCCUAGCACCUAGUCACCAUCCCAGCACUUCCAUAUGGUUCUAAAUGGUGCUCACUUGCUGGAAAGCAGACUCGCAGCCAGAAGGGGGCUGCCCUUUACAUGGUCUCUCUGACCAUCAGACAGGGCUCUCUAUCAGUGAGACAGUGAGAAAAGUCCCAGACUAAUAGCAGAAAUUUGCACUUUGAACAUGUGUAUUUUUGUGUUGUGGAACCUGAGAUUCCUUAUUUAUUAACAGAAAGUCUGAUUUCUUUUUUUCUUUGUUGCUAUAUUUUGUGAGGCUGGAAGCGAUUCGACUAUUUUGGUGUGGAGUCCUUUUCCAUUAGAGGUACAUCUGAAAGCAAAAUGUUAGGAUUGAAGAAGCACAGCCAGCCUCUGAAAUCAUAGCUCUCCUGUGGCCUUUAAAGUAAGCUGGUCCUCAGCACUAACAAAAUCACUACAGUAGCCUAGUGAGAUUUUGGAAGACUUUUUUUUAAAAAAAACGAGGAUGUUAGGUUUGUGGUAAUUAGUGCUCUUUGAAUUUUUUAGAGCAUUAAGAUUUAGGAAUUUUUGAAGGGAUGAGGAGGAUGUUCAGGAUCUGAAUUAUAGAUAAGCGAUUUUUCUCUUGUGAAUUUUUUUUUCUCACAUCACUUUACAGAUUAUAGUGGCCCAGUUCUGUCCCCAUUGCUUUGUUUUUGCUUUUGCUUUGCUUUAUCAUUGGUUCAUUCCAACUCCCAAUUAGUGAAGGAUGCUGCCACUAGUGAAGGAACAGUCUAUGAGUUGUGCAGUUCUUGGUCAAGGAAAGUUGUUCUGUUUUGUUUCCUUUUUAACAGCACUUCAGAAGAGGGAAAGCUUCAAUUAAAACUGAAUGAUUUGUAUAAUAAUGGCUUUGGCUUUCACCUGAAAUUCUGGAAGCUACAUAUCUCAUAAGGGUUUUUGUGGGGUGGGUUGCUUUUUGUUGUCUAUGGGAGAGGUGGCAGGUAGUGUUUUUUGUACAAGUUCAUAAAAUUGGAGAAAGAAAAGACUAUUUUGGCUCACUUUUAGCCGAAAAAAGGGACAGUUUCUAUACUGUGUAUCUCAAGCUGGAAUAAAAGGCUUGCCCUAUUGUUUGUCAGAAAUGUAUGAUGGCUGUUGGAAAGAAUGAAGUUUUGCUGAGAACAAAAUAAGGAACAACUUGUCUUUCACAAACACUAAAACUGCAAAGUUUAUCAA